UCCAGUCAAUUUCACCGUUCCAGGAAUAUUCCCGCAAUUUCAAGCCAGCAAACAGUGAGCUGUUGAUCGUGGGAAGACCAUCGGAUCGCCCCGAUCAUAACGAUUUCCCCUAUCCCGCUAAGCUAUAAGGCGGCAUCGGCUUCAAAUUCGCUCAGUUUCUUUCUACCGCAAGCGCCGAGCUGUUGCGCCGUGCCGAAAGUGUGCGACUUUGAAUGUCGAUUUUCGUGUCAUUAAAAUGGAUUUAAAUCGCACACAAUCCCCUUAAAUUUUCGGAAAUCGUUUAUUCAGUGUUAGUUGUGUUGAUAAUCAACCCUAGCUAUCCUAGGGACUGCAAAACGGAAUUAUUAUCAACGAAGACUCCAGUUGUCCUUAUUUCCUGCGAAGGUGCGUCGCUUGCUAACCGUUUUUCGUUAUUUUAAUCGUAUCACUUGAAAACCAGUGCAAAUUCGAUUCACUCAUCAAUGGAGGACAAGUUUCUUACUCCCAAAGAAGUAAGAAACCUGCUGGUAUGCUGCUUCUGAGCUAAAUACUCCAUCUCUAAUCUCUCCAGUCUUGGUGGACGAAUACUUUUCUAAGACCUCCAAAAUGCAGCAUGAAACAGCUCCCGGCAGUCCUGUGGAUGUCAAACCAGAGAUUGAUAUCAAGCCAGAAGUCGAUGUCAAACCGGACCUCUCCACCGUCAACAACAACAUUAAUAGUAACAACAAAGUAACUACGAACAAUACAGCAAGCACUGGUGGACCUACAGCCGGUGCAAAAGUGGUUCCUCCUCCACGAAUCGAGCCCGUCGUGAAGCCUAUCAAUGGAGUUGUACAGCCUCCAGUUCUGCCACCUCCCAACCGACCAGGGCGGAACACUAAUCAGCUCCAGUUCAUCCUUAAGAAUGUGUUCCGAGCUGUCUGGAAGCAUCAACAUUCAUGGCCGUUCCAGCAGCCUGUCGAUGCCAACAAACUUAAUUUACCAGAUUAUCAUAAAGUUGUAACAAGACCAAUGGACCUGGGGACAAUCAAGAAACGAUUAGAGAAUAAUUAUUACUGGUGUGGGCAGGAAUGUAUUGAUGACUUCAACACCAUGUUCAACAAUUGUAUGAUGUACAAUAAACCCGGAGAUGAUGUGGUUGUCAUGGCGCAGACCAUAGAAAAAUUGUUUCUAUCCAAGAUUGCUACAAUGCCAAAGGAAGAAGUGGAACUGGAACUUCCGCCACCAAAAGGAUUCGCAAAAGGGGCUACAGGUGGUGCCGGAAGUGUCAAGAAAAAACCCCCAGCCGCACCCCCAAAACCUCCACCAAAAGUUUCACGACCAGUGGCAUCUGUUGCUCCCACAACUAUACCGGGCUCCACUAACACAACCACUAUUCCUCAUGUUUCACAUAAUUCUGUACCGCAGGGUGCUGGCUCACACAGUAGCAUAGGACAAGGAGUUGGACGUGACAGUAUCAGCAGCCUGUCGAAUACCUCCACAUCUCCCAACAAAGUAAAGAAGGGUGUUAAGAGAAAGGUUGAUGGCCCACCAGUGCCUGCGACUCCGCCCAGCAGACAAAAUGCAGUAAGCAAAUCAGCUGCCUCUCUUCAUGCAGCAUCGCAGCCUCAGUCUCAAAUUUCGGGGCCAAAUCAACUGAGUGCGUCAUUGAAGUAUUGCAAUGUUAUUCUCAAAGAACUUUUCUCAGAAGCGCACUCGGGGUAUGCAUGGCCGUUUUACAAGCCGGUGGAUGCAGAAAUGUUAGGCUUGCGGGACUAUCAUGACAUUAUCAAGAAGCCCAUGGAUCUCGGAACGGUUAAAAUGAAGCUGAACAAAAGAGAAUACCGCACAGCAGCAGACUUUGCAGCAGACGUUCGCCUUAUUUUUACUAAUUGCUACAAGUACAACCCACCAAACCACGAUGUUGUCACAAUGGCACGCAAGCUUCAAGACGUUUUUGAAAUGAGGUACGCAAAAUUACCGGAUGAAAAUGGAAGCGUGGCUCCUCCUCCUAGAGCGAACCAUGCACCGUCAGAUGCUAGUUCAGAUUCUGAUUCAGAUUCUGAUUCUGCAGAUUCCGAAGAUGAGCGGGCAAACAAAUUAAAACUCCUUCAAGAGCAGCUCAAAAAUAUGCAAGAACAAAUGAAAAAACUAGUAGAAGAAACAAGUCGGAAGUCUAAGAAAAAGCCUCGUAAAGACAGUACGAGCCCUGGUUCGGCGGUAGCUGCAAAGAAAGCAAAGAAAUCUAGUGGGACUGGUGCAAUGAACAAUUCGGGUAUUGGGGGGGCAGCAGUGCCCAAUUACGGUGCGGGUGAUGCCAAGGCCAAUCAGACGACCCCUGCCAGACAGACCAAUGCUGGAAAAGCCAAGCCAGCAGGGAAAACAGCCGUCAGGAACAACGUGGCCAAGAGGCCGAGAAAUAACUCUAAAGCUGCCAACGCAAGGAAGAAGAAUAAUGCGAUACCAGCAUUUGAUUCUGAAGAAGAGGACAUCGCCAAACCCAUGACUUACGAUGAAAAACGACAGCUUAGCUUGGAUAUCAAUAGGUUACCAGGAGACAAACUUGGAAAAAUUGUACAAAUUAUCCAGAUGCGAGAGCCAUCACUACGGGAUUCAAAUCCAGACGAGAUUGAAAUAGACUUUGAAACGCUAAAACCAUCCACGUUAAGAGAACUGGAACAAUCCGUUGCCCAAUGCCUGCGAAAAAAGCAACGUAAGCCUUACAAUAAAAGAGUGGCAGGAAAGUCAAAAGAAGAUCUCGCGGAAAGAAAAGAAGAAUUAGAAAAAAGACUCCAAGAUGUAACAGGGCAACUGGGUGCCAGUAAAAAACAGUCGAAAAAAGAUGGUGUGCGUGGCCCAGGAACAGGACGACUUUCAGCGUCUAGUAGUAGUAGUUCAGAUUCAGAUUCGAGCUCUUCAAGCGGGUCGAGUAGCUCGUCUGAAUCAAGCGAUGGAGAACCCGGCAGGUGAAGUUGAAAUGUUGUAAAUAAGCGGACGUGAGCAUUACGCAGAGAAUUAUCAAUUGCUUGCAACCACCACCCUCUGUUAAGGUUUCUCCACCGUGGCAAUUUGUGUUUAAGUCACUCAACCAAUGACGGUUUUUGUUGUUUAUUUUUCUCUUUUUAUUUAUUUUUUGAAAGCACGUCUUUUGUAUGUAUGUAAUUUCUUUAUUCUUCCCUUGAUUCAAAGCAACAAUCUGUAAAUACUGAUUUGUACAUGAUUCAUGAAUUUUGUAAAGCACUAUCAUGUUGAAGCUGGAUUUUAAACAUUGAUAUUCGAAUGAAAAAGUGUGAAUAGUUAUCUACAUCCAAUUAGAGAGUUUAUAAAAAAAAUGGAGUGUACAUAUUUUUGUGUAGUACUAUGAGGGUACCACCGAAUGGCGUUUUCAGAUAUCUUUGUGGAAUCAGCUGCUCGUAGGAAAUUUUUGUAUUUUAUUACUAGUUUUAGGCACUCUGAAUGCUACUUCAAUUUGAAUAAUUUUCAAUAUCUCCCCAGUAAUAAUUACUCCGAAUCUGGUCAGACGUUCAAAUUAUAUCUUAUGCUGAUGUUAAAUUUUUAAAGGUCUGACCUUAAGCUUGGAUGAGCUUUUACAGCACUACUAAAUGGAGUUGAACAUUUUUUUUCUGUUAUUUUUUUUUUUUCUUUGUGUUAAUGCAAGUCCGAAAGAGGAUUGUAGCAAAUCAUGUAAUAUAUAUUUUUUAUAUUUUAAUUGAGAGAAGAGCAUGACUUGUAAUUAGUUGAGAAAUUUAUGUUCUUCAAUGCUCUUGCAAUAAUUAAGAAAGAAUAAGUGCUGAAAAGAUCAUCUAUCUUGGCGACUCUAAUUUCGUUAGAACCAAAGGCAGUUCUUUAUUUAAUUUCUGGGUACAUUGUUGUAACGACAAAAAAUUCCAGCACCUAUCAUCUAUGAAGCAGGACAUUGACAGGUUGUUCGUUAUGUAAUAUUUGUGAGAAGUAGGAAUCGCUAGUUGUGACUUUUCAGCAACAACUGCCAAAGGUAGCUUCGAGGAAUUUUAAAUAAUUGGUAUUCUAAUGUCUCUCCUUAAGUUUUAUUUUCCAAACAUGGGCAGUGAAAAUCUUUUUCAGGUGAUCUGUAGUGUGAUUUUUGGACUCAAAUUCAUAACUUCAGAGUAAGUUCAUAUUUAUCACAAGCUCCUUUCCUCGCUAUUAACUCAGGUUUUGUGCCCAUUUUAUACAAUUUUUUUUGUAUAACGAACUACAAAAGAUACAAUGAAAUUUUUCAAAUUAAGUUUCAUUCAGAGUCGAUUUAGGGAUUGAGAUAAAAUUCAAAAGUGAAUUUUAGAUGACUCAAAUGAUUUUAAUUUUAUUCAAUUUUUAUUUCGUGAACAUUUUCUAUCAUCUUUCACAAUUAUUUUAGUGUACAGAUUGUAGCAAUCUGAUAUUGAAUUUAGUGUAAUUGGUUCUUCUUAGAAGAUAGCUAAUUGUAAUUUUUCUAGAAUCGUACAUCAAAUGGACUUUUUAAUAACUUACUGACCUAAAAAAAGGUGAUAUUUUCCAAAAACUUUUUUUGUGACUGAAGCUUUUUCAGGUUAUACCAACGUUCUUUUUGUAAUCGUAUUUGCCAAUUAUUGCAGCCUCUCUUGAGAAUUUGUCAAUUUUCAUCUUCAUUUUCUUUUACCAAUUUUUGACCUUUUUUUUACAAUUAAUGUGUUCCUCGAUUAUGAAUUCCUCCAACACAGCUUGUGUGUGGAUUGUUCCAAGCUCCCUGUAGUCUCAAUGUCAGGUUAUCUCUACCUAUUCGUAUGUCUUUGGCCAAUGCCUGACAUUAACAUGUUGACAACUGCAUAAGGUGCCGGCGCCUGAAAAUGCCUGUCUUCUGGUUAUUAUGUUCACGAGGCGUAUUUAUCUGAUUCAAGAAGUGUUGCAAGGUUCAAGUAAAUUGAUAAUAUUUUGAGUUCUUUAAGAGCAUCACUGUGUCCUGUAAUAAUUGGCUCAAGACCUGAUGUAAGGAAAAAUCAUUUUCUUUGAUUGUUUUACUCGAAUCUGUCUCAUAACUAGAAGAGCCUCAGUUACGAAGCUGACCUGACUUUGAAGAUACUAUUCUUCAGAAAGUACCUCUUAAUAGAAGCAGAUUUAUUCUGGCUAAAUGAAGAAAUACGCGCCUUUCCUAAGACUGCCUUUGUUGCGUAUGCAGUAAAAUAAUUAUAAAAAAUAAUUUUUAAUGUCAUUAUUCCCUGAUUCUCGCCUAAAUCUCAUAUCUGUUUGUAAACAUAAAGCCUAUUAGAGACCUCGGAUGUAAUGGGUAUUAAUUAAUUUAUGAUCUGCACGGAUCUGGAUACUUACUCAUGGACCGCUUUUUGCAGAAAGGAAUUAUUAUGAUGUCCAAAGUGUGAAACCCCGAAUCCCCAUUGUGGUGUUUCUAAAGUCCUGCUCCUAUUUUAUUUUUUUGAGAAGAAACGAACCAACUUUUUUUCUCGAAAUUUUUACAGAAUUUCCUGCUAACGGAAAAGAAUAAUUAGGGAAAUUUUCAAAAAAUGCAUUCCCUAGUUUUCCAAAGUGAAAAUAGAGUAUGAAAGGAAGUAUGCGACCUCGGAGUUAGGUGGUUUUGCACCUUGGACAGCUUUGCAAAGUGGCAAAGGUUGUGCUCAUUCUUUUAUAUUGCAAGAAAAAUCUAAAAAUGUCCACAGUUGCUCCCUGUACACCAAAAAAAUGUUAAUAAAAUGAAGAAAUUUCACUGUGUAUUUCAUUUAUUCAUUUGUUUCAGUUAAUUCGUCGUAAAUAUAGAAGUUGAACAAUCUCA